AACAAGUCCUCAGAACACUUUCACACAUUUUAAGCUCCACUUCUCACUAAAAAAAACAGCAAAGACAGUGAAACAGAGACAGCAAGUAGCAGGUUGUGUUAGAAUGGGACAAGGGAAAGGAUCGAGUCUGGUUCAUCUUGUAGUGAUAGUACUGAGUCUCGUUGCUUUUGGAUUCGCCAUUGCUGCCGAGAGAAGAAGAAGCGUCGGACAUAUUGAACCACUUCCCACAAAUCCAAAUGUUACAUAUUGUGUCUACAACUCUGAUGUUGCAACUGGUUAUGGAGUCGGCGGUUUUUUGUUUCUCCUUUCGGGCGAAUCACUAUUAAUGGGGGUGACAAGGUGCAUGUGUUUUGGAAGGGCAUUAGCCCCAGGUGGAGAUCGAGCUUGGUCCAUCAUCUACUUUAUCGCAUCAUGGUUGACUUUUCUGGUUGCAGAAGCGUGUCUAAUUGCAGGUGCAACGAAAAAUGCAUACCAUACCAAGUACCGCGGAGCCAUAUAUGCUCAAAAUUUCUCUUGUGAAUCAUUGAGAAAAGGCGUUUUUAUUGCUGGAGCAGUGUUCGUGGUUGCAACAAUGAUUCUUAACGUGUAUUACUAUAUGUACUUCUCCAAGGCUACUGCUGCUAAGACAACCCAAAAAGCAAAUCGCACAAGUUCAAAUGUCGGGAUGGCUGGGUAUGCAUAGAGUCCUCCAUGGUAGUUAGCUAAGUUUUGCCUCUUGAUAUGUCAAGUCCCUACUAAUGAUUGUAUCAUGGAAUUAAACUGAUGUACAUUAAUUGUGGUUAAUCUAGUUAUAUAUAGUGCAUGGCAUUCGUAACUUUAUGAAUGCUGGCAGAUGGAAAAGCCAGCCCAAGGCUGGAGCUGGAGAAUAUAAUAGAUUCAAAGUGGUUUUGUUCU